CAGCGCGGGGCGCAGCGGGAGCCAUGGGGAACCGCGUCACCCGUGAGGACUUCGAGUGGGUCUACACGGAGCAGCCCCAUACGCAGCGCAGGAAGGAGAUCCUGGCAAAGUAUCCGGAGAUCAAGACUCUGAUGGGACCUGAUCCACAUUUAAAGUGGAUUGUAUCUGGAAUGGUUUUCGUGCAGCUUCUGGCAUGCUACCUGGUGAAAGAUUUAUCUUGGAAAUGGAUUUUCUUCUGGGCUUAUGGUUUUGGGGGUUGCAUCAACCAUUCGCUGACCUUAGCCAUCCAUGACAUUUCACACAACGUCGCCUUUGGGAACAAGCAGGCCAAGUGGAACCGGUGGUUCGCAGUCUUUGCCAACUUGCCGAUUGGCAUCCCUUACUCUGCCUCCUUCAAGAAAUACCACAUUGACCAUCACCGGUACCUGGGAGGGGACAGCUUGGAUGUGGACAUUCCCACAGACUUUGAAGGCUGGUUUUUCUGUACACCCCUUCGGAAACUGCUUUGGCUUAUCCUCCAACCUCUGUUCUACAGUCUGAGGCCACUGUAUGUGAACCCCAAAGCGAUUACACAGAUGGAAAUUUUCAAUGCUCUUGUACAGUUUUCUGUAGACCUAAUCAUUUACAACCUUUGGGGACUCAAACCUGUUAUUUAUUUAAUAGCAGGUACAUUUCUUUGCUUGGGUUUACAUCCCAUUUCUGGGCACUUCAUAGCAGAACACUACAUGUUCUUAAAAGGGUAUGAGACAUACUCUUAUUAUGGACCUCUGAACUGGCUCACCUUUAAUGUAGGAUACCACAUGGAGCAUCAUGACUUCCCCAGCAUUCCUGGAUGCAGAUUGCCCAUGGUGAAGAAGAUUGCAGCGGAAUAUUACGAUAACCUCCCACAUCACCAGUCCUGGAUUCGAGUUCUGUGGGACUUUGUUUUUGAUGACUCUAUUGGUCCUUACUCAAGGGUUAAGAGACGGUGCAAGCUGGCAAAGGAAAGCUAACGGGCUGGUCCGCCUGUGGCAGUGGGGUGUGUUUUUCCACACUUGACUUCAGUUUUCACAUGACUUCAGUUUUCUGCAGAAAUAGGAGGAUCUCUGUGUGUGCUGAAUUAAUGUUGGUGCAUGCUGCUUAGACCAAGAGGAUGAGUGUGAUAAUUAAGCAAUUGAAUGCACUAUUUUAGACUAUUGAUACUUUUUAAUAAAGGAUGUUUGUGUGUGUAACCCUCAGAAACUAGGUUAGAGUGAAUUAUGAUUAGGUGAACCUCUGGUCUAGGCUUUGAAUUAACUUCCUGGGGCACACAUGCCCAAGCCUGGGUUUUGGCCUGGUCUGCAGUGGAGAAUGUUUGCUGUGUGUUACAUGUGACCAUGUGUGUGUAUAGUUGAGGACUAGUUUCUCUUGAUGCCAGAUUAGAAGUGGAUGCUCUGCGUGCACAGGACUGUGGAAGCAGGAAGGACUGGCAUGCAGUAGUAAAUGACACUCUCUGGAGAACACAAGGGUGCCUUUUGCUCAAUGUCUUGUCUAAUCUAAUAAUCUUCUGAUAAUUGCUAGAGAUUUUGUAUAUGCAAUGAAAUAUGUUUAUAUUUUUGUAUAUUUGUAUCAUUAUUUUAGUAGCUGCUGUUUGAUCUUUAUUCCAGGGAUUUGUCUAAACCUUUUCUGAAUGCAUUUCCAUGAGGAUCUAAUACUCACUCCUGAUCACCUUUCUUGAUCUCCUCUAUAUUAUAACCCUCUCUGUGCAUAGGAUUUAGGAAGGUGUGUCAGUGAAGACGUAGAGAUGCUAUGGUGGUAUUUGUUCCUAACUGCUUUCAUAAUAAUGGUAAAUUUUUUUCUCUGUCAUUCAAGGGGCACUGACUUGGCAUUUGGGAAGCAUAUGAUACUCCAGCUAUAUAAAAUUGCCACUGAUGGUGUUAAGAGGAUGGAAUGCAGAGAUGGGGCUGUUUAUCUCCCUACAUCUCUUACUUGGUGCUAUUGACCUUCAUCUGUCAUUUCUGCCCACUGGAAGACACAAAUCUUCCUGCCUGUCCUCUCCAACAAUAAACUUGUGGCUAUCCUCAAUAAUUCCCUGUCAUCAAAAACCUUAAAUCAACAUACAUUUCUCCAAGCAGAACAAUAUUUUGGGAGUCAGGAAUUCAGAUGUUCAGAUGCCAUCUAGUAUCUUCCCAUCACGCUGGAAAGCUGGCAAAGUAUUUCUUUCCUUACUAAGCAGUUAAAAGAGAGAUCUGUAUAGGUGCUCUUGCCUUCUAACCCUCUAACAGUUUUUUUUUUUCUUCUGGAAAUCCAUGGCUGUAACAAAGAAAAGGAUUAUUGUGCAGUCUCAUCAGUCUCUCAAAGUAUACAAUUAGUCCUGGAAAGCCUGAUUUCCUCAAUAAACGCAAUUUUGUUCCCUGCUCCAGAAGCACUGUAUCCAGUGAGCCAGUGUCCAUUCACUAGCCUGGCACACAGCCAAGCUAGCCUGCUGCAAUUUGGGUUCCUCCUCCUCCAUUUCCCCUUCCUCCAUUUUUCUCACCCAUCUGAUUUUAGCAAAUGGGUAAAUAAAUACCCAGAUACGCUCAGCAGAGCAAGAUCCUUUGUAAUACAGGGCUGAAUACCAGUUUAUUCACAGAUAUGGCUUUGUGCUUUUGGAUAAGAAGAACUGGGCUUCCUCAGUGAAGAACAUAGUUAAGUCAUUAUGUCUUAAUUAUUAAAGCUCCUUUUCUCCCAAAGGAAGAGGUGUUUAUGUGGGAACUUCCAUUACCUUAUUUGUAUCAGUGCUUAUGUCAGGGAACCUUAGUUUUUUAUUAAUUUACUUCAGUGCUGCUGGCACUCUGAUCAGGUAUUCAACUUCCCAUGUCCUUAGCAGCCGUUCCUCAACUCUCUUGUCCAACUUAGCAAGUUAAUAUAAAAACCACAAUAAAGAUUAUGCU